AAUUCAAAAAAUGAAUUCAGUUAAUUUUCCCAUUUUCAUUUCGUUUUUUCAGGUCCCCAAUUCCUCUCAAUAUCAAACAAACAAUCAAACAAAACGUUACUUCUAUGGCGGUAACAUCUAGUAGUUACCCUCAUCAUUCAACCUCCCAAACCUAACAUGAAUAAACAAAACCAAAAAACUCCACCCACUCCCCACCCUCUCAAUCAUUAAAUUCAAUAACUCUCACUUCCCAAACCCCAAAUCUCAUUCUCAUCAAUUUCAUCACCAAAACCAAAAAACCUAAAAUCACAAUUCCAGACCCUAACCAUAACCACCACUUUUCUCAUCCCUCAUCAUCAUCUUCAUCAUCAUCGCCAUCUUCAUUGCAAUCUCCAAGAGUUUUGUUCCCUCAAUUCAGACUCAUAAACCUAACACCAAACUCAAUGUUCUCAACCCCAUUCGUUCUCACUUUCUCUCUCCUCCUCUCUCUCCCAAUCCUCUUCUUUCUCGCUCCUCGAAUCCUCCCUCCCCACCCCACCCCCAUCCCAAUCUCCCCCUCCGAUGAACUCGAUGACAUCAACCUCUUCAACAACGCCAUCGCUCAUUCCUCAACCCCUCCUUCCUCCCCUCACCCCUCCAAAUUCUUCCACCUCUCUUCCAAAAACCCUAACCUCAAAAUCGCUUUCCUCUUCCUCACAAACACAGAUCUCCAUUUCACCCCUCUCUGGAACCUCUUCUUCCAAACCACACCUACCAAACUCUUCAACAUUUACGUCCAUUCAGAUCCCUCAUUCAACAUCACAAACAUCAACACCAACAACAACAACAACAACAACCCUCUCUUCAAAUUCAUCCCCUCCAAAAAAACCUACCGCGCUUCCCCCACUCUCAUCUCCGCCACGCGCCGCUUACUCGCCACCGCACUCUUAGACGAUCCCUCUAACUCCUAUUUCAUCGUCCUUUCUCAAUUCUGCAUACCUCUCCACUCCUUCGAUUACAUCUACCGUUCUCUCUUUCUCUCGCCGACGUUCGAUCUCACCGACACCGAAUCGACGCAAUUCGGUGUCCGUUUGAAAUACAAAAGCUUCGUGGAAAUUAUCUCCAAUGGUCCGAGGCUAUGGAAACGCUACAUCGCGAGAGGGAGAUAUGAGAUGAUGCCGGAAGUUCCGUUUGAGAAAUUCCGAGUUGGAUCUCAGUUUUUUUCUCUAACGAGAAAACACGCUUUGGUUGUGGUUAAAGAUAGAACUCUGUGGAGGAAAUUCAAGGUUCCGUGUUAUCGUGAGGAUGAGUGUUAUCCUGAGGAGCAUUAUUUUCCGACUUUGUUGUCCAUGGUGGAUCCUGAUGGGGUUACUAGCUAUACGCUUACUAAUGUUAAUUGGACUGGGACUGUGAAUGGUCAUCCUCAUACUUAUCAAGUGGAUGAAGUUUCGCCCGAGCUUAUUCUCCGGUUAAGGAAGUCGAAUCAUUCGGAGUCUUAUUUGUUUGCGAGGAAAUUUGUUCCUGAAUGCUUGGAACCCUUGAUGGCCAUGGCAAAAUCCGUGAUUUUCAUGGACUGAAUAAUUUGGGAAAUUUUGAGAUCUUGAUAUGAUGAAAAAAUUCAGUGAAGAUAUUUAUGAUGAGACAAUAUUGCUUAAUGUUGCCGUGGCUAUAGCUUGAUGGGAUAUACAGUUUGAAGAAGCAAUGUGCGGUAUAUCUGGAACUUUAAUGGAGAGACUCAAUAUUUCAUUAAAAUGAUGAGUCAAUAUUCAAAAUUGAAAACAGUGUGAGAUAGGUAGAUGAGACACCUGCCUGAGUUUAAAAAAAGAGAGGCAGAUGAUGUUUAGUCAAGUGUAUUAUUCAGUUGGUGCAAGUGGUUAAGUAAUUGCCAAAGAAGAUUGUUUAGGUAGUUUUGUCUUCUGUUGGUUUUUUUGUACAUACCAAGCGUGUAAACUUUAUUGGUAAGAUGCUCCAAAAGUACUUCUUUUAGACAAAAACACAUGAGGUUAUGUCUGAACAUGAGGCAGCAGUGAUGAUGAUAUAAAAAAAACUGCCCAAAUUUGGCCAGUUGCUUGUGCAUUUUGCAAUUGA